CUCGCAUGGGGGGAGGAGGCAGUGGAGUCGUUGAGGGAGAAAGGACGCAGGUGAGGUGCAUCUGUUGUCCCUCGUGCUAUGGGGGGCGGGGCUGCAGAGAGGUGCAGAGCUCUGGUGGAUGGGGGAGGAAAGGGCUACGGAAUCAAACCUGUUAAAGAACUGGUUCAAUCUGUUAGCCCAAACCCUGGACUCCAGGCUCCAGCAGUGAAGUGCGAUCUCAACGAUGUGAGGAAACACGCCAAACUGAACAGAAUGAAUAAUGUAGCAACAGUCUUUGUCUUCUUCACGGUUCUCAUCAACAUCUUCAUCACAGCGCUGGGAUUUCAGGGUCAUACUAUCAGCUCACCAGCCUCACCUGUUCCAUCAGUACCAGCGCGUCCCCUCUGCCCAUUGACCUGAACAGGACUGGUGGCAUUUAGACCAGACUUUGGACCAAAGCACUGAAAGCUGCUGUGGCACAGAAGCCUUACCUCUGUGUGGGCUCUGUGUUCAAAUUAAGACUUGUUUGGAGAAAAAAUAAAUGUUUUUUGAAUGAACAUAAUGAAAUGUUUUGUGACUGAGACUUCAGCGAGCUGUGGACCAUCGAGUAGACCUCAUCCUCGACAAUUACAGGCCAGUCCUAUCUUAAGAUUACAGCUACAGACUGACAACCAAAUAACUUUGUGGGAAUUAACACUGCCUCAUCUUCCUUUGGGUAGAGAUGCCAAUUCCUGAAAUGCACAUACUGGACAUGGAUACUCCAACAUAUUAAAAGCUUCUGUCGUAUAAAUAUAAUAUGCUCUUUGGCAGUGUAAACUGCUGGUUCUUAUUGUUUUAAAUACACUUCAUACUCUCCCAUGUUAAAAUAUGUCUAUGUAAAAAGGAGUAUCAGUAUUAGAAAGUAACUUUACUGCAUGGUGUAAAACUGGGUUUCUGUGGAUACUUU